AUGUUGAAGAAGAACAAGCUUUGUAGGUCAUUUAGGGAGGCCAAUCUGGAGGAAGGGGUCAAGGUCUUGGCAGCUUUAGAGGAAGAGGACGAGGCAAACAAACUAAAGAAGAAGGCUAACUAUGUGGAAGCUGAUGAGGAGAUGUUGCUGAUGGCCUAUGGAAUCUGUGAAGCUAGGAAACAAUUCGAGUAUGACAGUGAUGGGAAAAGGCAACAUAAGGCUUAUUGUAAAUGGGAUUGUUCAAAUUAUCACUCGGCCACAAGAGUCUACUUGCUUCAACACAAUCACAGAAGAUUCAACACAACUUUGGCACUGUUGAAAUGGACAUUUGGGGUUCACAGGCUUAAAAACUCUCCAACACAGGAAGAUGGUACAUGGUUUGCCAUAACUGAAGACUUCUACAAAGGUGUGCAACGAUUGUUUAGCGGUCGCAAGGCUUGGGUCUACUUCUUGUUUGAAAAGUCAGAAGCUUUUGUUACUUUCAAAAUGUUAAGAGUUUAG